AAACUCCAAGGGGCAAAAAUGUUAGGGUUUGCAAGAGUCAAGAAGGUUACGAAGUUGGGUAAAGAGGAAAUUUAGUCGGAGUAGAUUUUCUAGCGCGGAACAGAGUCUAUCGAGCUAGAGAGGCGGAGCAAGGAGAGCAAAAAUGCCGUCCCACAAAACUUUCAUAAUAAAGAAGAAGUUGGCCAAGAAGAUGAGGCAAAACAGGCCCAUACCUCAUUGGAUCAGGAUGAGGACUGAUAACACUAUCAGGUACAAUGCAAAGCGCAGACAUUGGCGUAGAACGAAGCUUGGUCUGUGAAACAUGUGCGAUUAUGGAGAUUCUUAUACCUUGGCUACACUUUGUUCAGGUUAUUGUUUAUGAACUAGUCAGAUUUGAUCGUUUCUAUUUUGAGCUUGUUGUAAAUCUUACAAUGAGAUUUUGGUUUCUUCUUGGACCUUUUUCUGUUUUUCAAUCUAAUUAUCAUCGGUAACUGUAUUAUUCAGCUUA